AUGGCUCGGGGCUGCGGGCCGCGCCGGCCGGCGAGCGGCGGGGCUGCCGAGUCCCCGGCCGGGCCGGGUGUGGGCGCAGGCGCGAAGGGCCGGGGCGGUGGGGCGCUCAGGCGCGGCGGCGGCGCGGCCCAGCCCUGCGCGCCGCCAUGUUGCCCUGCGCCACCUCCUCCUCCCCGCGGGGCCGCGCCGCCGCCGCCGGAAGCCGCUUCCGUGCGCGGGCCGCCGGGGCGCGGGCGGGGCGGCUCCCGACACUGGGCGGGGCGGAAGGGCGGCCCGGGCCGGGAAGGACCUGCGCGGUCAGCCCCGCUCGCCGCCGCAACAGGUCCCUUCGCGCGCGCCGGGCCACACAGAGGACCAGGUGGUGGCGGGCCCCUGCGACCCCGGGGGCCGGCGCCGUCUGCACCCGGUCCGAGGUGUCCCACUCCAGAAGAGUCGCCCGUGACCACCGCGCGACCCCAAGUUUACCCCAGGCACUCUCGACCUGGAGCCGUCAACCUCAGCAAUACCUCAGUCGUCUGA